CGAAGGUAUUCCACCCUGGGGGAAGGCGGGGCUACGGCCCUGCGGGGCGGAUCCUAGACUUCCCGCUUCGCUGAGGUGGCGCCAUGACGAAAUUGACGCAGGGGGGUCGGCAUGGCGGGGGGUGGAGGAAGCAGCGCGUGGCGCGCUACGUAGGGGGUGGCUCCGCCGGGGCUGCGAGUUGCUGUUUCCGAGGUGACUAGCUGGUUCUAUCAGAGGACGGUGCGGCAUUCUGAAGGGAAGCGAGGAGGCGGACCGAGCGCUCACGAGCGGGGAGGAUGCUGGUGGUGGAGGUGGCGAACGGCCGCUCCCUGGUGUGGGGGGCCGAGGCGGUGCAGGCGCUGCGGGAGCGCCUGGGCGUGGGGGGCCGCACGGUGGGCGCCCUGCCGCGCGGGCCCCGCCAGAACUCGCGCCUGGGCCUCCCGCUGCUGCUGAUGCCCGAAGAGGCGCGGCUCCUGGCUGAGAUCGGCGCCGUGACCCUGGUUAGCGCCCCGCGCCCGGAUCCCCGCCAACACAGCCUGACUCUGGCAUCCUUCAAGCGCCAGCAAGAGCAGGGCUUCCAGGAGCAAAGCGCCCUGGCAGCUGAAGCCCGUGAGACCCGUCGUCAGGAGCUCCUCGAGAAGAUUGCAGAGGGCCAGGCUGCGAAGAAGCAGAAGCUGGAACAGGAUUCAGGGACGAGCGAGAGUCAGGAGGCCAGUGGGAACCCAGCUGCCGGAGAGAACGACGCCAGCGCUAGCCAGGCUUCUGGAGACCACGAGGAAGCAGGCUCCUCCUCUCCCCAACCAGGGCCUUCAAAUGGAGUGGCCCCCUUGCCCAGGUCCGCUCUGCUCGUCCAGCUGGCCACUGCUAGGCCUCGACCCAUCAAGGCCAGGCCUCUGGACUGGCGUGUCCAGUCGAAAGACUGGCCCCAUGCUGGCCGUCCUGCGCAUGAGCUUCGCUACAGCAUCUACCGAGACCUGUGGGAGAGAGGCUUCUUUCUCAGUGCUGCUGGCAAGUUCGGGGGCGACUUCCUGGUCUAUCCUGGUGACCCGCUCCGUUUCCAUGCCCACUACAUUGCUCAGUGCUGGGCUCCUGGGGACCCUAUCCCACUCCAGGACCUGGUUUCUGCCGGCCGCCUCGGAACCAGUGUCAGAAAGACGCUGCUCCUCUGUUCUCCGCAGCCUGAUGGUAAGGUGGUCUACACCUCCCUGCAGUGGGCCAGCCUGCAGUGAACUCCAGAGACCCAUGGGGAUGUGGCUGUGUCUGUGGCAAGAGCCUUUCUAGAUGGUCCCAGGCUCAUCUCUGCGUGGGAGGCUAAAAUACCCUCCUACCUCCCUGUGCGGUUAGUUUUUGAUUCCAGAUUUAUAAACACUACAUCCUUCUUAGGUCCCUCCCUGUUUCAAAGCAUUUACUGGCUGUGUUGUUUUUGUAGUUACCUAUUUGCAAACUGUGAGCUUCUUGAGAGUGAAGACUGGGUUUGAUUCAUCUCUGUUUUCUACAGGGCUCAGGUCCCAAGAGGUCCCAAUAAACUUGUUGAAUAAAUGUG